CGGCGAAGGACACCCAUGACGAGGGACGAGAUGGCCAAGAGGGUGGAGAGGUCCUCAUCACUCACCUCUGAGGAUAGGAGAGUGUUAGGUGUUCCCUCAGUACCUCUAAGGUCUCUGGCGACGAGUGUCUUGAGGGUGGACACGUGGAGCUGCAUGAGGACGUGGUGGGUGGAGGGAAGCGUCUCCUCGAGCUGUCUGCUGAGGGAGGUGAGGCCGGCGGCGUCAUUCGACUUGAGGCCCUUCAGCUUGGCUCCGAUCUUGGCCCCCACCGCCGCCACCUGCAGGAGGGAGGUCCCCAGCACCCGCCAUUCACACACACGCCUGUGGGCGGGCAGGGGCAUGAGCAGACGGGCUGCCGGUGCAUCCCGUGCCCCACCCACCACCAUGGAGGAGCCCCAGGUUGCUGUGGCUGCCCACCCUGGCCCGUCCCCCCAUUCAUCACAGAGCCCCGAGAGUGACAUGAGUCCCCGAGCCAAGAGGAGUCUGAGUCCCAGCCCGGCACCUGACAGCCAGUCCAGCAGUCUGGCAUACUCAGGGGACAAUGAGGAGGAAUACUUGCGGGCCACCUGGCAGAGGCUGGGUGUGGGCCAUGACGGUUACUUGUCCCUGGAGGAGCUGGCAACCGUCUGCCACGCCAUUGGUAUGGAGAAGGUCGCUAAUGAAGUGUUGGAGCAGCUGUUUAGUCGCCUGGAUGUGGAUGGUGACGGCAGGAUCAGCUUUGAGGAGUUUGUGCACAUGUUCCAGAAUGGUGGACCCAGCGGCAACACCUCCCUGGUCCUGGAUGACUCUCUGCCCCCGGAUGUCCCCGGGAGCACACUAAGCUGCAUGAGUUCGGCCAGUGAGGAGCGCCGGGGCAUGGUGAUGUCGGAGUCCAGUGUGUUCUCCUCCCUCGACCCGGACAGCACUGGGUAUGCUCGGGUGGAGGCGCUGCUGGAGGCGUGGGAAGGUCUCAACAUCUCCAACGGGCCGAGUCUGUUGCGAGAGUUGGCCCUGCCCCACCGCCCUCACGAGAGCCUGUGCCUGCGAGACCUGGCCGCCGCGCUGGAGUCUGAGUGCCAGCUGUCCGAAGAGGAGGGCACCGGGGGGAGGGUGACGCUCCUGCAGAUGGCGCUGCUUACGUACCUGCAUGAGAUUAAGUUCCUCAGGUUGAGUGUGGAGGCAGCUCGAGGAGAGAGGGACAAGCUCAAACAAGAUCUUGGGGAGGCAAACCAGCGUGUGGCUCUCUUGGCGCAGGACCUGGAUGACCACAAUGCACGGAUGGAGGCAGCCUCUCACCUCCAGCUGCAGGAGCUGGAGCGACAGUACAAAGAGCAGGUGAGGGAGCUGCAGGAGGCUGUGGUUGGAGAGCGCGAGGCAGCGAGGGAGCAGGUGUCAGCGGCAGCCAAGGAGCUUCAUGCACACAACUCACACCUGCAGGAGGAGGACUCAAGACUCAAAGCUGCCCUCGCUGCCCUCACUGCGGACAUGAAACGGCUGGAGGCAGAGAACCUGGAGCUGAGUGGAAAGCUGCAGGAGGCUGAGCGGCAGCUGUUGCAGAUGGAGAGACAAGUAGCAGAUCUGCACAUCCUCAAGACAAAGAUAGCGGAGUAUGAGUCGGAGGGUCCCCGGGAGGAACAGUACCGGCGCGUGGUGGAGCAGCUGCAGCGGGUGGUGGCUGAGAACCAGCAGCUGAGGGAUAGUAAUGAUGAGCUACUUUCCCAGCUGGACUCACUGCCCCUUCGCCUGCCCUCCGCCCGUGCCAGUGACAAGGAGAACAGCCUGGACGGGUCUUGCCUGGGGGAUUACAUGGACCCUCCUGUGGGGCUGCCGGCACCCGUCAAGCGGCGCGGCUCAAGUAGCAAUGGGUCAGGGGAGGACAGCUGUGAGGAGGAGAGCCCGCGGUGCAGCAAAGUGAGGCGGUGCAGCAAGGGACCAAAUGUGCACUAUGUUGAUGUCGGAUCGUAUGAUGAGUCCUUCUUCGACACCAGCAUGAGCAGCCUCCUGAAGGGCUCCCCGGUGCCCUCCUCCCACCCUGAUGUCAUCUCCAGUGCUGUGGAAGACACAGGGACCAAGCCUUCACUUUGCAGCUUGGACCAGAGUGAGACAGAAGCCCGAGCCGUGAGGGACGAGGCGGAGCACAUUAGCAUGCACCAACAAAUCACCAGGGAGCUGAAGAAGGUGUUUGACCGCGUGAAGGACAGUGUGAGGGAGGAAUACAAGCAUGAUGCCCUCAGACCCCUCACCCCAAGGGACCACCCCAUUGCCCUGGCCACAAGAGAGGAGUUGGAGGAUGAAGUGAACCAGCUGCGGGAGGAGAGGCAGCAGUUGUCGCACCGCCUGCAGCAGCAACAGGAGGAGCUCAAACACCAGCUGGAGAAGAAGGAGUUUGAGUGUGAGGACCUGCUGAAGAAAGUUGUCAGGGUGGAGGAACAGCUCAGGAAAGUCACAUCCCACCUAGAACCCAUCUCCUCACCCCCACCCAGCCCCACCGGCACCCCCCACACCUCCACCCCCGUGAAGAACAACCACAACCCUGCCAAAGAUAAAUGUGUGCGCUGCAUGGACACACAGGGCCAGCUGGCAGUGGCUCUGGAGGAGCUGGAGAUGGCACUGCGGCGGGAGGAGCAGGAGCGGGCAGAGCGAGUGGCAGCCCAGGCCCUUCUUGAUACCAGACAAUGUGCCUCAAGUGAAUGUGACUCAGCGCCAGAGACGACCACCACCACCACGACUUACCCAGCAUCUUCUGUUUUGGUGGCAUCCUCAGAGCAGGGCAGGGCUUAUGUGUUGGAGGGAAGGUACAGGGAGGUGGAGGAGCAGGUGGCUGGGCUCAAACUUGAGAUCUUUAAGCUGUGUCGGGAAGCUGCGCGCUCUGUACAGGAUGGGUGUGAGGCAGUGCCAUGGGGCGAGAGGUGCCGUGCUCUACUGCAGAAGAUCCAGAGGAGACGGCAGGUCCUGGCACCCCGCCCCCAGACACCUCCUCCUUCAGAGGACAGCAGGGAGGAGGAGCAGCAAUCUCAGCAGGAGGAGACCAAGCCAGAAGAGGAAUCUGCCUCCCUUCAGCCCUCCAAGGAUCUCCUGCAGAGGCUGGAGGAGGAGGUGCAAGGGCUUGAGGAGGAUCUGGUGAGGGAACGAGAUGGCCUUGAGAAGACCCGUGCCUCCCUGAUGGAGAAGAACACAAAGUUGGAGCAGGAUCUUGAGUUACUACGCAUGGAGUUUGACAAGAGUGAGGACUACUGGACCCUGAAGCUACAAGAGGAACAAGACUACUAUGAAGAGGAACGUCGCCUCUACGAUGACAAGUUCUCAGCGCUGGAGAGAAAGAUCAGAGAAUAUGAGGAGCUGGUGCUGGCAGGCGGUGGUGGUGCAGGAGGCGGACGAGAUGCUUCUGAGGAGUCUGACCGUCUGUCCACCAUUGAUGAGAGUGUGGUGUGGGAGAAGCAGGUGACCGAGCUGGAGGAGGAGGUGGCCCAGCUGAGGGGACAACUGGAGGAUUUGAGGCAAGAAAAACUGUCAAUGGAGAGUCAGGUGGAGGCGCGAGUAGUGGAGGAGAGGCAGCGAGCGAGCCAGGAGAGAGCCGUCCUGCAGGAACAGGUCGUCUCUCUUGCCUCACAGCUGCAGCAGACACAGCAGCAGCUCUCCUCUGUGGUGGAGAAAGGGGAGGACAUGAAGAGGGAGGCAGACCAGCGCAUUCAGCAGCUCCUCAGUCAGCAGCAGCAGUCGUGUGAGCACCUGCAGGUCGGGUCAGCUCAGGUCAAUGGCCACUUGCAAGAGGGAGGAAGAAGCCCACAACCGGAAUUUGGCAGUGUGGGGGAGGAGACCAUCAAGGUGAGUCUCCGGACCCAGCUGAGACAGUGCCAGGACCGCCUUAAGUUCCUGGAGGCGGCACUGCGGCAUCAUCAUGUCCAUGCCCACCACAUUCUUACAGUGACACGAGCACAACAUGCAGCUGAGGUACAGAAUCUGGAGAGUAUGAUGGCAGCCACACAACAGAUGCUUGGUCAGCACAUUGCUAAGUACAAGGACCAGCUGAGCAAGGCCAGCCGCAGUGACUCCCUGGUCAAGGAGCUCUACCUAGAAAAUGCCCAGCUCAUGCGUGCUCUGCAGGUCACAGAGGGCCGGCAAAAAAUGGCCGAGGAGAACAGUCGGAAGUUACAGCUUUCAGCUGCUCUUUCAACCCUGUCUUAGGCUACAGCACCACCAUCACAACAGUUCUCACAAAAUCAUGUUUCCUGAGCAUUCGCAAUAAAGUCCAAAUGCAAGGGACUAAAUGUCACAACUCUUGCAGGAUUCCAUCACACAGACCUACUCAACUCAUUUCAAGCCAUAAGUUACCCAUCAAAACAUUCCUCCACCACAAACACAUGUAUUUCUGCCAUAAGUGACCUAGAUCACUUCCUUCCACGCCAUUUCCUUUGUGGCCGAGGACUGGCUUCUCUGCCAUACGUGUCUAGACUAGAUGCUUUCCUGCCAUACAAGGCUCAAACACCCCUGCCAUAGAAAGCUAGCCAUGCCAUAAAGGACCUUGCACACAUCAUGCAAAACUACACAUCACACAUUCAUUUACUUCACAAAACAUUUGUGUCAUAAGGAACCAUAAGUUUUGUCCCCAUUUUUACACAAUUUUCCUAAUUUAUUUUGAGUUCCACUCACACUUCAUCCUUUCAGUAUUUAUCCCUUAGCCAUUCACUCAGCGGGUGCCGGCAGCCCUUGCUUGCUGUUUAGCCAGUGCCUGACUCAUGGUGACCUGAUAUUUUUAUAUUGUUAGAGACAUCUAGAUUUCCAGCCACACAAUUCGCAAAGCUUAUUUUAGAUAGACAGCUGAAGUGUUUCUCUCUUGCAGCUUAUUUUUGGAAUCCUUCAAGUGGACAGAAAACCAUUCAAAAUCAUGACAGAGCUAACACAUCAUAGCUGGACGUACCUAGGCUCAAUGGUGCAUAUAUACAUUUUAGAUAGGAUUCAUUGGGAGUGUUUGGGAAAACUCAUGUCUGCCAAGAUGCAUGUAAGAGGCAAUAACAAUUUUUAGGUUCAUAUAGAGGAGGCCUUGGUAACCUGUGCUGUUGUGGUUUGUGUAGAAUAAGGAAGGCAUUAUUAAGGUUAUCAUACAGAUAGAUGUGCAGUAUAAUCAGGAAUGGAUGCUGUACUACUAAUGAACUAGAAGAAACUAUAGUGAUGUGUGUGGGUUGUGUUAAGGCUCUAGUGGGGCAGCUGAAGGAAAAACAUGUUAGUGAAGGAAGGAAUUAACUUGCAUAGAACUACUGAAGGAAUAUAAGUAGAUCAGUAUCCAUCUACAAAGCACACUGCACAAGAUUUGCACCUCAGCAUUUACACAGCUUGUGAUGGAUGCUUCAACACUACUUCCUCUCUCCUACAACCCAUCCACAGACAAAUGAGGCUUUACUGCAGUUUUAUGUUACAUGGUCCUAAAUGUUACAGUGUUAAUCACAUGCAUACUACACAUUCAGAACAUCAGCAGCCAAAAAUCAUUGUAGGUGUAUGCAACUUAAUUGUCUCCAAGUAUCCCAUUACUUCCUCCUUCAUACACAAGACCUUCCCACCUCCACUCAAGUCACACCCAUCCUGUCACUCCAUUUACACUUGGCCUCACCACCACCUGCAGUGAAUGUGUAUGUUGGUCUAGUCGUGCUCGCAGACAAAUUCAUGUGCCUCCAAACCACUCUCAAACAACUUCAUGCUCCACCAAGUUGCCAGAGUGAAAUGUGUGUGUGAUUCUGUGUCAUAGUACCAAAGAUGGUAUUUAGUGUAAUAAUGUGUGCAUGCGAGAGUCUGGUUGAGUAAGUGCCAUACUGAGGGAGUGUUACUGUGAUGCCAUGUGUAGGCUGCAAGCUGUCUGGCAAUCUCUCCUUCCCUCUCCCCAGGGCAUUGUUCAGCCUUUAUUUUAUUUACUUGAAUGAAAGAUAGAGUUCAAAACUUUUCUUUUAGCAAGUGUGAAUUUUAAUUUAGUGGAAAUAGUUUCCUAUCAAUUAAAUCUUCCAGUAAUAUAACAACUCCCCUUAGUAUUCAAAUUUUGAGUAUUCAAAUUUUGCUCCUUUGAAAGUAGUUAGUUGUCACUACUACAAUUGACGACAAAUUCAAGUGAUUGUCAAAUCAUGAAAAGUAUACAUUUUUCUGUGUUUUGCAAUAUACGAGCUGAAUAUUUCAUUGAUGGGUAAACUACUAUAGAGUUAAGAAAAUAAAGAUAUAUGUAGAGUCUAUUAUUUGUAAAUACAAACUGGCAGAUGCCAUGCCUAACUUUUGUGUAACUGUAUCUAUGAAGAUACCAUGUAUCAAUAUUCAUACACAAAACUAUCUGGUCUGUAUUCAGAGGGUUACCAAUACAAGGACAGGCUGACUGGGCUGAGGGCAGUGCUACACUGUUCACUGUUUACACACAAAUGCACAUACACACAAAUACUGAAAAACUAAACAAUAAAGUUUCCUCAUUUAA